CUUACGUGAAUGACGGCGAUCGUGCUCGAGAUUAUUAUCGAAAAGCAAGUGUUCUGUGUGUGUUUUACGACACGGAAACGAUACUUUGGUAUCAUAUGAUUCAUCUGGAAGGUAAAGAUGCAGAAUGUAGCACAAGGAACGACCUCGGAUAGUCAGAAGCACGAGAAAUCAGCGAGCAUUCACCACGACAUUGGAAAGACGUCGUCAACUCCCCAGUCUUCGAACUCCAGUCCAACCAAGUCAGAGACCGAGACCUUCUCUGAACUGCAGCCACGCUUUAUGGCAGACUCGUCGGAGAGCGAAGAAGACAGUGUUUCAGAGGUGGAGUGUUUUGCGAUUGAUCAGGUCGAAUUAGACGAAGGUCAUCAUUUAGAGUCGUCUAAGUUUCUAUUGACUUCCGAAGAUCCAGAAAGAUCUGUGGAUCCUGAGACUCAGGCACGAUUAGAAGCUUUAUUGGAAGCAGCUGGUAUUGGCAAGUUGUCGUCAGGCGAUGGGAAGCACUUGGCUGAUCACGAAGUGCUCCGUCGCUUAACAUCCAGUGUUUCUUGUGCAUUAGAUGAAGCAGCAGCUGCGUUAACUCGUAUGCGCAGCGACAAUCCACGCACGCAAAACGAAAAGCGCUCUCUCGUAGAGGCUUGCAGCGACGGCGACGUUGGUACUGUUAAGAAAUUAUUAACCGAAGGACGGAGCGUUAACGAAACGACCGAGGAAGGAGAGAGUUUGCUCUCUCUCGCUUGCUCUGCUGGUUAUUACGAACUUGCUCAGGUACUUUUAGCAAUGAAUGCCAACGUAGAAGAUCGAGGCAUAAAAGGGGAUUGUACCCCUUUAAUGGAAGCUGCCAGUGCAGGGCAUGUAGAUGUUGUGAGCUUGCUAAUUGCUCAUGGAGCUGAUGUUAAUGCUCAAUCUAAUUCAGGUAACACACCCCUUAUAUAUGGCUGUGCGGGUGGUCACGAAGAGGUAGUGCGAGUAUUGUUAGAAGCAGGCGCUAAUAUAGAAGAUCACAACGAGAAUGGUCAUACGCCUUUAAUGGAAGCAGCUAGUGCUGGGCAUGUUCAAGUAGCUAAAAUUUUACUAGAGCAUGGCGCUGGAAUUAAUACUCAUUCCAAUGAAUUUAAAGAAUCUGCGCUAACAUUGGCCUGUUAUAAAGGACAUUUAGAAAUGGUUCGAUUCUUAUUAGAAGCUGGCGCAGAUCAGGAGCACAAAACCGACGAAAUGCACACUGCCCUUAUGGAAGCAUCGAUGGACGGUCAUGUGGAAGUAGCUCGUUUGCUCUUAGAUUCGGGUGCGCAAGUAAAUAUGCCAACGGACAGUUUUGAAUCUCCAUUAACUUUAGCUGCUUGUGGGGGGCAUGUGGAUCUUGCUAUGCUUUUGAUCGAGCGAGGAGCCAAUAUUGAGGAAGUGAAUGACGAGGGUUAUACACCAUUGAUGGAAGCGGCACGCGAGGGUCAUGAAGAAAUGGUUGCAUUACUUCUAAGCCAAGGGGCGAACAUCAAUGCCCAAACAGAGGAAACGCAAGAAACAGCACUUACCUUAGCCUGUUGCGGUGGUUUUUUGGAAGUUGCGGAUUUUCUAAUUAAAGCGGGAGCUGAUAUUGAAUUGGGUGCCUCUACUCCUUUAAUGGAAGCUGCACAAGAGGGUCAUUUAGAUCUCGUUCGUUAUUUACUUGAAUCUGCGGCAGAUGUUCACGCUCAAACGCAAACAGGGGAUACCGCAUUAACGUAUGCCUGUGAAAACGGUCAUACAGAUGUUGUGGAUCUCUUGCUUCAAUUUGGUGCCGAUUUAGAGCACGAAUCGGAAGGAGGAAGAACACCUUUAAUGAAGGCAUGUAGAGCAGGUCAUCUCUGUACAGUUCAAUUUCUUAUAUCGAAACGUGCAGAUGUUAAUAGACAAACAACAAACAACGAUCAUACACCUCUUUCAUUGGCUUGCGCUGGUGGACAUCUCACUGUCGUAGAACUUUUGCUUGCGCAGUCUGCAAACCCAUUUCAUAAACUUAAGGAUAAUUCUACGAUGCUGAUAGAAGCUGCUAAAGGUGGACAUACCAGCGUGGUUCAACUUCUGCUAGAUUACCCUCACAGUAUUAUGAUGAGUACACCGCAUAAUACAGCGCCCACGCCUAUGUUACUUCCUCAACAACAACAGCAGCAGCAGCAACAACAACAACAGCAGCAGNNNCAACAACAACAGCAGCAGCAGCAACAACAACAACAACAACAGCAGCAGCAAUCUCAGCAACAGCAGCAGUCGCAGCAGCAGCAACAACAACAGCAGCAGCAGCAACCGCAGCAGCCACAGCAGCAUGCAACGCAUCAACAACAUGUGCCCCAUCAACAACAUACUUCCACACAACCACAGGCGCAUCAGCAGCAACAACAUGCUGCAGAACAACCACAAGCGCAGAAUCUACAACCCAAACAUAAUACGCAAAAAUCAUUACUAAGAAAAAAUCGAUCUGUAACCGUGAUGCCCGAUAUGAGUCUUACUUCUGCCGAGGCGCAACAAGUUCGUUCGCAACCCGCAGGAGAAUCUGUUGUAACAACUAAGGACGAUACUAAUAUCUUGGAUAAAGGUAGCGGAGGAUUUACUAACCUUUCGGAACCUAACAUAAGUCUUAGCCCCGCUCCAGCACCAACACCAGGAUUAAAUAUUUCCGAAAGUCGAAAGAAAAGGAUCCUUGAGGAUAUUCAAAGGGUAGAAAGAGAGCUUCAAAUUAACGGGCCGGAAGAUUAUUUCUCCGGAUUAAGAAAUUCCGUUGUAACUCAACGGCAACAACAACAACAGCAACAGCCAGAAGAUCCUAGCGAAUCAGAUACAUUAUCACCAGGUUUAGUUUGCAGUACGAGUGGUAUGUCUGGGAAUUCAUUGGCUCAUCAAGGCGCCAGCCAGGCAAUAUCAUUGUAUAAUGCAUUUCUCAGAGGAAAACGAAUUGCACAAGAAACUCAGUUAUCUUUAGUUCCGUCUAUAUCGGAAACUUUUCCAGCAACAAAUACUUUUCCUACUUCUCCUCCUCUUUCUCUUGCAACGAUACCUGUUACGUCGUCUAUUCCGCUGGUCACUUCAAAUGUAUCUUCGACAACUACACCGAGUCCUCCAAGCAUAUCCACACCUCCUACUGUUAUGGCUGUUUCUCAACCCAUAACUGCGAGCAGCGAUGUUAGCCAAAAUACCGCUAUAAGUGAUCGUCCGAAAGCAAAACCCGUUUCGAAGAAAGAGGGUAAAAAUAUCCGAAAAGCUUCGUCCAGUGUAAUAGGCGGAAAGUUGCAGCAACAGCAACAACAGCAACAACAACAGCAGCAACAGCAGCAGCAGCAACAACAGGCAACGUUGAUGGCUGGUCUUCAGCAGCAGUAUCAGCAAAAACAACGACAACACACUUAUCAAGUUCAGCAGGUGCAUCAGCUGCAACAACUCAAUCAACAGUUACAAUUACAGUUGGAUCAAGUGCAGGUGCAGCAGCAGCAACAGCAACAACAAUCUCAGACUCAACAGCAACCGCAGUCGCAACAAUUGCAGUUACAGCAGUCACAGUCACAACAACAACCUGGAGUAGUAACUGCUAGUGGAAAUAAUAUACUCAUGCCCACUCAGUUAAUGUCCCAUCUUCAUCCUACGCAUACUCAUCAUCUUCACGACCAACAAGCGACUCAACAAAAUCUUGCCGAGCAAACAGAUCCUGAGUUAGCAAGACUACAUCGAGAUGGAGCUUGUCCUUUUGUAGCCGCUGCUCAAAAAGCAAAAGCACUUUGUACCAGUGAAAGCGUCAUAAAAUUGGAAGACGGCACACAUAUUCCUCUUGACGAUGCUUUUGAAAUAUUUCGAUCUAUCAGUUUUGACGAUACUGUUGAUGUAGCAACAGAAGAUCAAGAGAAACUUGAACUGAAAAGAUUAGAAGUAUCGGCUGGUAAAGAUCCUCAACAACCGCAACAACAACAGCAACAUCAGUCGCCGCCGCAACAAGUGCAACAGCAACAAAAUCUGCAAACUACCCAAAUAGUUCAGCAGGCAGCCAGUCCUUACACUUCCCAAGAAUAUUUCACUAAUCCGGUAUCAUCGGUACCGUCUGUUUCGUUACCAACUUUGCCUUCUCUUCAAGUAACUAGUGCUGGUGUUCAAAUACAAGCAGACAUAUCAGCAGGUUUACAAUUAACUGGUACACAACCGUUACAAAAUCAACCAUUUAAAGAUGCAUUAACAGUCUACCAAGAAGGAUAUCUUCAAGGUCUUCGAUGUCAUUUCCAGCCACAAUUAUUACUUCAAUCUUCUGAAAUAACAUUUCCCACUCAAGGUUUACCUACAGUAUCUGAAGCGACAGGAAUAGUAGAUAAUAUACCUCAUCAAACGAAUGGUUAUGGUCAAUCAACAGCCUGUAGCACUAAUCAAGUUCAAGUUGCUACUCAAACUCAAGCACCGGCAGCAACAACAACCGCUGCAACAAUUGUUGCUUCGGAUAAAAAGCAAGUUUAUACAGCGCCAACUACUGGUAAAGGAAAAAAAGGACGAUACCCUCUUUUACCGCAACAACCAUCGUGUCAACAACAACAGCAGCAACAACAGCAACAGCAGCAACAACAACAACAACAACAAACUGCCAAUACCCAGCAGCAAACUCCCAACUUUCCCAAUCAAAAUUAUCAAUUGGAUCCAACAACAGUUGCUGGUCAAUAUACAACAGGUGUCCCAACUGUUGGUGGUUAUACAACUAGUCAAGUACCACCCGCGCCAUUUUCUUGUAUGGACGUGGAUUCCGAAACAGACAGUAAUCACGAUACAGCAUUGACAUUGGCAUGUGCCGGUGGACACGAAGAACUCGUCGAACUUCUAUUGAGCCGCGGUGCGGAUAUCGAGCACAGAGAUAAGAAGGGAUUCACCCCGCUUAUUUUGGCAGCAACAGCGGGGCAUCACAAAGUUGUAGAAAUUCUUUUGAACCAUGGAGCCGACAUAGAGGCUCAAUCUGAACGUACUAAAGAUACACCUUUGUCCCUUGCCUGUAGCGGUGGUAGAUACGAAGUGGUAGACCUUUUGCUUAAUCGGGGUGCUAAUAAGGAACAUCGUAACGUUUCUGAUUACACACCUUUGAGCCUUGCUGCGUCUGGUGGAUACGUUAAUAUAAUAAAGCUUCUUCUUAGUCAUGGUGCUGAAAUUAAUUCUCGAACUGGUUCAAAAUUAGGUAUUUCCCCUCUGAUGCUGGCCGCUAUGAAUGGUCAUGUUGCUGCGGUAAAAUUAUUGUUGGAUAUGGGUAGUGAUAUAAACGCUCAAAUAGAAACUAAUCGCAAUACGGCGCUAACAUUGGCGUGUUUUCAAGGAAGACACGAGGUUGUUAGUCUUCUUCUUGAUCGUAAAGCUAACGUAGAACAUCGAGCAAAGACUGGCUUAACGCCAUUAAUGGAAGCAGCUAGUGGAGGAUACGUUGAGGUUGGACGCGUUUUACUCACCAAGGGAGCAGAUGUUAACGCUACUCCCGUUCCAUCGUCUCGCGAUACUGCCCUUACCAUCGCUGCUGAUAAAGGACAUUGUCGUUUCGUAGAAUUGUUGUUGUCAAGGGGAACUCAAGUAGAAGUAAAGAACAAAAAGGGAAAUAGUCCACUAUGGUUAGCAGCAAAUGGUGGACACUUGAAUGUUGUUGAUUUAUUGUACCAUGCUGGUGCGGACAUAGAUUCGCAAGAUAAUCGAAAGGUUUCUUGUCUAAUGGCUGCUUUUCGCAAGGGACAUAUUAAGGUCGUUAAAUGGAUGGUAAAUCAUGUUACUCAAUUUCCAAGCGAUCAAGAAAUGACAAGGUACAUAGCUACCGUAAGCGAUAAAGAAUUAUUAGAGAAAUGUCAAGAGUGUGUAAAAGUGAUCCGAGCGGCAAAAGAAACUCAAGCGGCAAAAGCGAAUAAAAAUGCAACGAUACUGUUGGAGGAACUCGAUAUGGAAAAAACGAGGGAAGAAUCGAAAAAGGCAGCAGCUGCCCGUAGACGAGAACGAAAGAAAAAGAAGAAACUCGAGAAAAAAGAAGAGAAGCGUAAAUUGCACGAAGAAUACAAAAAGAGCGAAACGAACUAUGAAGACAAGGAGGAGAGUGGAAAGAAAUCCGGAGACGAGGAGUGCGACAGAGCCGACGAUAGCGAACACGAAACUGGUGACGGUUGUGAAAGAAUGGACAGCAUGCCAUCGCCGGUUAACAGAAGCCCAGAAGAUCCUGAUAGAGAGGAAGGGGAUAGCGGAAUCGACGCAAACAGUCAAGGUAGCUGUAGCAGUAACGAUGUCAAGGCUAGGGAGAAGAAGAAAGACAAAAAGAAAAAGAAGAGUAGUAGCAGCAGCAGCAGCAGCCCGGCUACCAACGAAAAAGAUACAUCUCCGCAAAGGUCUCCAAAAUCCGUUAUCGCGCAAAGUACUAGUUUGCCUCAAAACUCCAUCACGCCGACAAAGUCUCAAAAUAAUUCGUCUGACAAAAGAACUAUGAUUAAUAGUACGGGUGCAGUGUCCGCGUCCGUGUCAAUGUCCGUGUCCACGUCCACAUCCACGUCCACGUCUACGUCGACGUCGACAGCUGCCGUUACGACGAAUACUAGAUCGUCAACCGUGAAUUGUGGCGAACGUAAAUUAAAAGGUCAGCUGGUAUUCGAAUCGUCAAGACAUCCUGCCGAUAGGGAGGAUUUCGAGGCAACCGGCAAUGAAACGUACAUGCCUGGUAAAGGUAAAAAGGCUUAUAGUAAUCAAUACGAUGGAGACGCAUUGAAUACGUCCAUGAAGUCAAACAAUACAACUAGUCCUAAGCAAGGAGGCAAGCGUGAAGAAGGUUGGAAAGAAGUUGUACGAAAGGGACAGUCCGACGAUUCGGGAAGAUUCAUGAAUUCACCAUUCCGUUCGAAAAAAGUUUCCGUUCCACCAAAUGCUAUUAGCCGAGUUAUUGGAAGAGGCGGGAGCAAUAUAAAUGCAAUUAGAGGCGCAACAGGAGCCCAUAUUGAAGUAGAAAAGCAAAGCAAGUGUCAGGGUGAACGAAUCAUCACUAUCAAAGGAUCGUCAGACGCAACGAAGCAAGCUCACACGUUGAUAGCUGCUCUUAUUAAGGAUCCAGACGUUGAUAUAUUACAGAUGCUUCCAAAAUCGAAACUUACGGUCGUUACAACUUCCUGUUGGGAUAAAACCGUUUCUACCAUAGCGUCGAGUAAAGCAAAGUUGGGUGCUGUAAGUAAACCAUCUAGUCUAAUGUCCAAUUCGAGUAGUACGCAAAUCAAUAAAUCUAAUUACACACCGGGAGUUUCUACCGUGAAUCAGUUGAUUCCGCUUCGAUCUUCGUCCAGCAUUAAACUUACCGGAGCGUUUCCAACACCUUUACCACGCGCAACGGCACCGAGACUCGUGGCCGCAGCUGAGAAACGAGCUCAAGCCGUAGCUGCUCAGAUGGCUUCUUCGUCGUCGAACACAAAAACAACAAUGUCGUAUACGAGUGCAAUCAUGACCGCAGGACGAGCAACGAAAAUUGUGACGACGAGCACCACGCAAACUUUUGCUGCGAAAUUAUCCGAAAUCACUGCCUCGACACAUACAUCUACUACCGUGAUGCAGUCCACUCAUACAACGGUAAACAAGCAAAAAUCGUUACAAGCAAAUACCGUCACUGUCAUGUCAGCUACGGCUGCGGCAAUGGCUCAGACUUCGUCUCAACAGUCCAUAGUCAGUACAUCGCCGAAACACUGCCGACCACUGCCUACUUUGUCUGCCCCGCCGACUAUGGUUUCUCAUUAUUCUGGAAAGUCUACUUAUUCUCCUGGAUCUAAUACCGCCGUGUCGUCAGCAACGAACACCGUGGUUGCAUAUUGCCCAGAAAAUUCCACCGCCUCGACUUGUUCAAACGCGACUAUUCGAGUCAGCCCGUCACCACCGGUGGUGCCGCAGUGUCAGCAGAUGCAGCAGCAGCAACAGCAUCAGCAUCAACAUCAGCAACAACAGCAUCCGCAUCACCAACAGCAGCAGCAGUCCCAACAACAACAACAACAAUCACAUCAGCAGCAACAACAGCAGCAACCGCAACAGCAGCAGCAGCAGCAAGUUCGUAGUUCAACACCUAUCGCGCAAACAAUUCAAGAACAACAACAACAGCACCAACAUCAGCAGCAACAGCAGCAACAACAACAACAGCAGCAGCAGCAGCAACAACAACAGCAGCAGCAGCAGCAAACAAAUAAUACACCACUGGAAUAUUCAUUAUUCAAUGAUACCUUUACAAAAGUGACCCAGCAGUCAAUGUGGGGUGGUCGAGAAAACGAGUCUCAGAAGGGCAUGAACUUUGCGACCGUAGCCGGUGGCGGCGUAUCCGUGAAUACGUCUGGCUCGUCUUCGUCCAAAUUCAUUGACAGCGUUCCUCCCCAGGUGGACGCUUCGAAAGCACCUGGAUAUCGAGGAACAACGAUGUGUUCUCCCGUUUCGAGUAAAUCAAACAACAGUGCGACGAACGCGAACGUGAACCCGAACGCGAAUACAAAUGCAAACGCGAAUGCAAAUGCUAAUGCGAACGCGUCCAACAUGGGAAGCGGCGGGUCUUCUAAUGCCGGCCACAAUCCGAUUCAACCACCGCAAUUUCAGUCAUCCGGAAAUUACAGCGAACAUCCUCUGUCGAAUAAACCUCCCGGUAGUUUGGCCGUAGCACGGCCGGUGAUUCCGCAACAAAGCAUGGAAAUGAGUGCAGCAGCUGCGGCAGCGGCAGCGGCUGCGGCGGCUAUGGGAACGCAAUAUAACAGGCCAGUGUUUCAAGGCGACUUAACAUCUCGCAACGCUACAACGCAUCAAGCGCAUGUGAUUGCGUCGACGUCUCAAGCCACAUUAGACGUAGGCUUGUUCAAAGGAAAUAAUGUCGGUUACGAACAUCCGAAUGUCAACUCGAGCCUGUUGAAGAUGGUACCGAACGAAGCGGCCCAGGGCCAUCCACUUCUGCCUUUCCAUCCCCACAUGCAGAACUUCACGCAAACAAUCGCAGCACCAUCUGCUUCGGUUAAUACCACUGUCAGUAUGUCCAGAUUAAAUCCAAGGGCGCCCGAUUUCUCUAGUUCUUUACACUUGAACAAUAAACCUCAAGUAACUAUGUUCAAUGCGGGUUCAGCAGCGGGAAUACAUCCGAAUAUGUUUGCCACGGUGCCGCCACCUCCUCCAUCCGCGAUCCAGUCUAAUAAUUUAGCGAUGCUCGGAAACUUUCCUCUAGGAAAGUAUCAACCGGCAUCCCGUGCCACUCCCAAUACAGGAAUCUCGACGAAUGGACAAACUCGAUGGCCGUUCGCUCCGCCUCACAAUAAUUAUCCACCUCACCAAGAACCAAUGAUCGGACAAAUCGGCUUGUCGAAUCAUUUGGCAAACAUAACCGCGCAACCUGGUAGCAUCGAUUUGAUCACCAGUUUAGAAAACGGUGGUUCACCGGCUAUAUCGCCCUCUUCGCCGGCCCAGGUUGCCCAAGAAAUGAAUCAAUUGAAGAUCGAGGAUCGUAAAGUACCACGACCAAUUGGUACAGAAAGAGCAUGGAAGAAUUAUACGAUGGCGGGAAUGGGACCCGGUGGAGAUGCCGACUCCAUCAACUGGAUGUUGAAUAACGAAAAACUUGUUGGCUCUUGGGCAAGUUUGGCUCCAGGAAUAGACAGGCAUCAAAUGUUUCGAUCCAAUGCCGCUUACAAUCGUAUAUCCAACGUUGAUGCUGAACUUCAUCAAAUGAUGGAAUCCUCCUUUCAGGGUCAUGUGGAUACUCAACAACCGUUUCCAAAUGGUAGCGCGGCAGCCCUGUCGAUAAUGCCUGGGCUAACUCUAUUACCUGGUCAAUUUGGAACACCUGCUCUAACAGAAAUUCCUCCUAACGAAGCAAAUAAAAUGGAUGCGCCAGCAUGGGGAAUACCAGAUGCCGUGCAAGAUAAGCAACAUCCGGCAUGGAAUAAAUGGGCUCAUUAGAAAGAGAGAAAUUUUUGCGAAGACAACUUCGUUUUCUUCCUCGGAUGACACGAAAUAGAACCUGGAACUUGAAUUAGUACAUAGAUGGAACUGGAAGACGAAGCAUUGUUUUUAGGCACUUAAAUUACAUUAUUAUCCUAAUUAUAUCCAUUACAAACACAGAUUCGAUUUGUCAUGCUAGAUGAUAAGACGAUAAAUCCUUACUACAACUUAAUACUAUUAUCUAGUAUAAUUAUGCAAUACAAAUAAUCACCGGAUACGACACGAAACAGUAAAAGAAGAAAAAUAAGAAAAAGAGGAAGAAGAAAGAAGGAAGAACGCCAGUGGCGGUAACAGCGAAACGGAACAAAGGAUUCUUAUCGUUUGUGUUCUCUCGUCGUCUUCGAUCUAUCUUCGGCCAUGCUACUUGUAUACUCCAGGAUCGUUUUCGAUCAAUUCGAUAUGCGAUACGCGAUACGUCGACGGCAGUUUUCGAGACUUCUUCCCCUUUUAUUUUCAUUUUUGCCAGAUCGACUUGCCCAAUUUAUACGGGAUUCGAGUCUUAAACGAUCGUCGCGAUAAAUUCAGAUACGCGUACCAAUCAUAAUUAUGUCUGCUUUGGCUUUCGCGUACCCCUUAAUAGUAUAUCUGAAAUUAGAAUGCUAUCGUCAUCUUUUUUCCCAUUCCUUUGAAUUUCGUGUACCGAAUUAAAAAAAAAGCUUCGUUUCUGAAUUGUCUCUAUACGCGUGUCGAAAGUAUGCGUUGCGAAAACAAGGGCUUAGAUUUGCCACGCGGACAACCGAAUGAAAUACAUCAUAUUAUGUUAACUAAAUGAUAAUAAUAACAAUAAUAACAUUAUUAUUGUCGUAUCAAAGAGCGUUAUUUCUGUGUUUGGGGAUCAAAUAUUAAAGGAAAUUAUAAACGUAUAAAGGAACAAAAUCAGGAAAUUGCUUCCAACUUACCACAAAAGAAAAACCCCCAUUGUUCCUUUUCCUGUCCUGUGUAUACCAUCGUUCCUUUCAACUUUUCCUCCCUUGCCGCGACACGUCGAUUUUACUACCUUGCGUCGUUCGUUCAUCCUGGUAUUAAACAGAACAAAGAGAAGAAUAAUACGGUAGUUGCAAUCACGCAUUUAUGCUUAUAAAGGAUUUCGAGCUGUGUCUUUAUUUGAUCGUACAUUAUUCUUCUUUCUUCGUUCUUGCGUAGUCUCGCGUUGAGAAGGGGAAAAAGAAAGGAACUAAGCAAAAAAAAAA